CAGCUUCGUGGGAUUUGCGAGACCUUCCACCUUCCCUUCACGGUUAUUGGGGAUUUUAAUUCGACCCUUCAUGCGGGCGAAAAGGAUGGUGGUCGUGUUUGGAAUGCUGCUCAGUCAGCGAGUCUUUGUGGGUUUGUUCAAGAGUUGGGUCUUCAUGAUCCAGGAUUUCAGGGUGACCAAUUUACGUGGACGAAUAAGCGGAUGGGCGCUGCCUGUAUUCGCGAACGCCUUGAUAGAGCCCUUUGCUCUCAGGCCUGGAUGGACCAGUUUCCUGAAACUCUGGUGAAACACUUUACGGAUCAGGGUUCAGAUCACCGAGCCAUUCUCCUCUCUGAUAAAGCUUAUGCUCGGAAUGGUAGACCCCUUUUCCGGUUUGAUGCUCGAUGGGCUGAUAACCCGGAGGUCAGGGCGAUGGUCCGUUAUGUUUGGGCAGAAGAGAUUCAUGGGUCCCCUAUGUUUCGACUUUGGGAACGGCUUAAGAAGCUUCGGCAUCUCCUUUAUGAUUGGAGCCGGGCAGGGACUACGAACUCUCUCCGGAACAUUAAUACUCUCCAAGCUGAGAUUGAUCAAGUGAAACGUAGUCAUCCCAUUAAUUGGGAUACGAUUAGAGAUUUGGAGGCUGAGCUGUCUCGCCAGUGGGAGGCGGAGGAGAUUUACUGGCAGCAGAAAUCUCGAGUCCAUUGGCUUAAGAAAGGUGAUAAAAACAGUUCGGAUUUUCACACGGUGACGCGCGCUCGUCGGAAGCGCAAUUUUGUGGCCGGGCUUCAUAAUGACAAUGGGGAUUGGGUUACUGAGGAGAAGGGGAAAGCGGAUAUUGCUACAGAGUUUUACACAAACCUUUUUACCUCUGAAUCCCACGUCCCUAAUAUGCUGGAUAGAGUGUCCUCUCUACCUAUUGAGCGGAAGGUCACUGAUGAGAUGAACGCAAGUUUAACGGCUGAGGUCCUCCCUGAGGAAGUUCGGAGAACGGUUUUCUCAAUGGGUUCGAAACAGGCUCCGGGUUCGGAUGGAUUCACGGGGAAAUUUUUUAAAUCCUUCUGGGAUAUUGUGGGGGAGUCGGUUUGUGAGGCGGUUUGUUCUUUCUUCUCGACCAGUCGGAUGCUACGGAGUUUUAACCAUACUUGGUUAACUUUGAUUCCUAAGGUUGACUCGGUGGAGAAUAUGAAGCAAUUACGGCCUAUUAGCCUUUGCCAGUUUGUGUAUAAGGUCAUAACUAAAGUCAUGACGGAAAGGCUGGCUGGCUUCCUUCCCCGGAUCAUCUCGGAGGGACAAAAUGCGUUCAUCAGGGAAAGGCAAAUAAUUGAUAAUGUCCUCCUCGGGCAUGAGUUAAUGCACUAUCUCAAACUCAAAAAGCAAGGCAAGAAAGGAUACAUGGCUCUGAAGGUUGACAUGGAAAAGGCCUAUGAUAGAGUCGAAUGGUCUUUUCUUCUUGCUGUGAUGAAGAAGAUGGGGUUUAAUUCUGUCUGGAGAGGGUGGAUCCAUGAAUGUCUGCGAUCGUCGUCUUUCUCUGUCCUCAUGAAUGGUACUCCGGCAGGGUACUUCACUUCGUCCCGUGGGCUGCGACAGGGUGAUCCACUGUCCCCUCUUUUGUUUGUGCUCUGCACUGAGGGGUUUGCGGCUCUCCUGCGCAAAGCAAUUUCGGAGAAGAAGCUUGAGGGGGUUAAAGUAGCACCCCGUGCACCUAGAAUUUCUCAUCUUUUCUUUGCUGAUGAUUCCUAUUUAUUCCUCCGAGGAACUCUAAGGGAAUGUGAAAACCUGAUCGUGGUUUUGAACGAGUAUGAGGAACUCAGUGGCCAGCGGGUCAACUUGGCCAAAUCAGCGGUUUGCUUCAGCAAGAACGUUGAGGUGCCAGAUCAAGAGUUUCUGGCGGCCAUUCUAGGGGUGGGUGCGGUGGGGGUCCAUGAUAAAUAUCUGGGACUACCUACAUUGAUUGCCCGCUCCAAGAUGGCUACCUUUCGUUAUUUGGAGGAAAAGCUGAGAGAACGACUGCAGGGAUGGAAGCAAAGGACUCUCUCAUGGGCUGCUAAAGAAACAUUGAUCAAGUCGGUGGCCUUGGCCCUGCCUUUGCAUGUGAUGUCCUGUUUCAAACUUCCCUUGUCCCUCUGUCGUCUGUUGGACAAGCUUGUAGCCCGGUUCUGGUGGGGGGCGGAUGAUAACCAUUCUAAGAUACGAUGGAUGUCCUGGCGUAAUAUGUGUCGAAGUAAGCACGAGGGGGGGAUGGGGUUUCGGAGAUUCGAACAUUUUAAUCAAGCCCUCCUGGCGAAGAUUGGGUGGCGAAUCUUGAUGGAACCUCAAUCCCUCCUGGCCCAGGUGUAUAAGGCUAAAUAUUUUCCUUCGGGUUCCUUCAUCCAAGCCAAGGCUCGCUCUCGUCCUUCCUGGGGUUGGCAGAGUAUUUUGUUUGGGCGACAGCUGUUGGAAAUGGGGUUGCGUUGGCAAAUUGGUGACGGUCGCGCUGCGUCCAUGCUUCAUUCACCCUGGAUACCGCAAUGCCAGUUGGAUCCCCCUCGCUGGAAUCCUCUGAUCUUACCAGAAGGGGGUGAUCCUCUGGUGGCUGAGCUCAUUAUUCAAGGAGAGGGGAGGUGGUGUGAUCGGAAACUUAGCCAAUGGUUUGACCCGGUUACAUGUCAAGCCAUCAGGAAAAUCCCACUACCUCGCCAAGUGAUGGAGGAUAAGCUGAUCUGGCAUGAAACUGUGGAUGGGGUUUUUUCGGUUAAGUCGGCUUACCACUUGGCGGUGACUUUGGAUAGGAGAAAAGGUGGUUGGAAACCAACGGUGUGCUGGAUGGAUAAGGCUAGCUGGAUUCGGCUUUGGGAAGCGAAUAUUCCUCCUAAACUUAAGGUGUUUGUUUGGCAAAUCCUUAAUCGAGCCCUUCCCACGAUGGAAGCACUGAUUGAGAAAAAAGUUCAGGUUCAGCCCCGGUGCCCGGUUUGUUGGGGUGCUAAGGAAUCCUUGGAGCAUCUGUUCCUUUAUUGCCCGGUGGCUCGAGCUCUUUGGGAUUAUGCGGGUUUGGAGUAUAUUGGGGAGGGGUUACCCCGGGAUCAUUUUCCGCUCUUCCUUAAGAAGGUGCUGGCUCUGAUUGAUCAGCCGAGGUUGUUCAUGGCAGUUGUGGCCGUCCUUUGGAGGAUUUGGCGAUCUCGUAACUGGGUGGUUUUUGAGGGUAAGCAGUUCAGUUUCCUUGCGUUGAUGAGACAGCUUAGCCAGCAGGUUGAGGAGUGGGUUGGGUUGCCUCCUGAUCCAGGUCCACAGGGGUUGGGGAGGACUAGGGGGCUGAUGGAUGCGGGGGAUGCGGCGGGUAUGAGAUGUAUGUGGGAUGGUGCCACCAGGAGAGGGUCCCAUUCGGCAGGUGGUCUGGUUAUUCUAACCCCUGGUAGGGAGGUCCUCUUGGCUAAAGGGGUCCAGUUUCAGGGUAUUGAUGAUCCUAUGAUUGUGGAGUUGUUGGUCCUCCGAGAGGCGGUUCUAUGGUGUCUGCAUUUGGGAUUUUCAGAGAUCACCUUUGAAGGCGACGCUAAAGUUAUUAUUGAUAAAAUUAAUCUUGCGGACGCGGGGGAUAGCCGGAUGGGUGCAGUGCUUCAGGAAGUUAUUUCUUAUUUUGGUUCCCUUCCUGGUUUUAGUGUUCGGUUUGUAGGUCGUGAGUGCAAUAGGGUAGCCCAUUUGGUGGCUCGAAAGGCCCUGUCUUUGUAUCCGACAAGAUAUCGUUCCUUUGAUUAUCAGACCUGGCUGAAUUCCAGGAUGUAACUUCUUUUGUCUUGAUCAAUAUAUGAUUAUCUUUUGCAAAAAAAAAAGAUUAUCUAUUCUCAAAUUUUUUUUUUUAUUUGAAGGAGGCUGAAAAGCCAGCAGCGUUAACAAACAUACACUAGUGAUUCUUUACUUGUUUAUGCAUCCAAUGUAAGUACUAUGGGUGUAUUUGUUUCGAUUUUUCCUAGGAAUGGUAAUGGGCAGGUCCGGGGCGGGUAUCUCGAUACCCAUACCCGCCCAUGGCAGGUCGGGUCCAGGUCGGGUAAUUUAUCACGGGGCGUGGGUCGGGGCAGGUCGACCCAUUGGGUAUGUAAUUUAGGUGAAAAACAUUAGAAAUAUUCGUUCUUCUCAUUGAAAGACCAAGAAAGAAACCAUAAUAUGAUAAAUGUAGUUAAAUUAUUGAAGAAAUUGAGGUUUUCACUUAUUUACAAUUUUAUUAUAGCUAAAAUAUAAUGUAAUAAGAGGAAAAUCUUAAGUAAUUUGACUAAGAUUAUAUGUAAUUUAGGCAAGAACGGGUCGAGAAUGGGGUGGGUCAGGGCAGGUCGGGUCAUUGAGAGGUACCCAUGCUCGCCCCGCCCCAAAACAGGUCAAACAGGUCGGGUAAAUCGGGUCAGGUCGAAAUUGCCAUCCCUAAUUUUUCCUGAAAUUUGGAGAAAAGUAUGUUUGAAAUUAAAAUUAAAGUUGAUGAAUGUAAUUUACUUUUAAAUUUAUAUAAGGGUACGUAGUUGAUAAGAUUGUGAAUAGUGCAUUAAACAAUAAAGUCAUUUGGGAAUA